AUGGCGCCCCCUUCGCCCAUGUUGGCCAGGAUUAUGACGCUUGGCGCAGCACUUUACUACCCUCUUAUCGCUCACGCUGUAGUAGCACCUCGCUGCAAUGCCGACAACUGCGCGCGAGCCAUAACCGGCAGUCGCCGCGGUGAAGCUUUUAUUGCCAGCGCAAGCUCCGACUGCAGUGACUAUCUUGCUACGACUUUAGUAGUUGAUACCGUUACCAUUACAGUGGGUGAGCAGCCUCAAACCACCGUCCCUCCAGCGCCCAAGUCAGUCCCCGCAUAUGCGUCGCCCUGCGCCAAAGAGGGUCAGUACGAGAGUGCCUGUUCGUGCUUUGGCGUUACGGGCACCACGGUUACAGUUACUUCUACUAUCGUUGUUGUGGCUUCUCCCACCCCCGAGACAUGUGUUCCUGGUAACUGCGACGUCGGAUUCCCAACAUGCGGUUCUAGUAACGUCUGCGGCUGCUCCUUGACUACUGAAGGAGAUGCUGUAUGUACCAAUGGUAGAAGGCCUUGCCCAUCACUUCCCGACUGCGACACCACUGUCGACUGUAGUGAAGGAUUUGUCUGUGUCGUGGGAACCUGUUGCGGUCGUAACGUUUGUUCGUCCGUCACAGACGUAUGCAGUGUUGUAUCUGCAGAGACUUUGUUUACGCAUGAGGAAAGACUUGAUGUGGCGACACCUUUUAGUCGUGGAAUCAGCGACAGCCCUGGUAACGAGUCUUGA